AUGGAUCUCAUGCAAGCGCUGUCACCCUGUUUGAUGGUUUCAACCCCCGGCUUUACCAGCUUUGCUGUGCCUCCUUUGGAUCUUCGCAAAUCGAUCUUUUGUUCAUCAUGGUUCCUCAACGAAAUAAAAACUGCCAAUGCGAUAGCAUCCCGGCCUGAGGAACAUUGCGCCGUGACCUGUCUGCACGAUCUUACCGUCUGUUUUACAAACACAGUGAUUGCUCCCCAUCCUGUGGUUGCUCUGACAGAUAUCUUCGAGACGGGCUCUCGCGUAAUAUUCGCCGAGAGUCUAUCCACAUGUGCGCUCCGAUGCAUAUCUUGCACAGUCCGUCACCAACUGAGCCUAAAACGUAACGGGUGUUGGUGA